AUGUUCUUUGACGUUCAGCUUUCCAGAACAUGUAGCGACGUCAAGGCGCUCAUCGCUUUGACGCUCAUCGAUCUCAUCCCGAAGUCGCUAACACAUCACUUCACUGCUUAUUGCUCUCAUCGCUUUGCUACUCUCUCCCCUGAAUGUUGCUGUGCGAGAAGCAUUAGCCUGUUCAACUUCGACUCGAAGGUUCUUUUAGCCACACUUCCAUAUCAUCCAUUGGGUUCAUCUGAUUUUCCGCUCCCAUAUCCGUAUUCAAUUAUUCCAGAUCUGACUGCACGCACAGCGCAUAAGCUUGCCGUUCAUGGCACCGAUGAUGUUCGGAGGAUGCAUGCACGAGAUCUGAUUUCCAUUCCGUCUCGUCCUUUUGUCGCCCUUCCUCUCUCCCAUCACAUCGCCCUUCCUCUCUCCCAUCACAUCGCCCUUCCUCUCUCCCAUCACAUCGCCCUUCCUCUCUCCCAUCACAUCGCCCUUCCUCUCUCCCAACUCUACGCCAUUCCUCUCUCCCAUCUCUACGCCCUUCCUCUCUCCCAUCUCUACGCCAUUCCUCUCUCCCAUCUCUACGCCCUUCCUCUCCCCCAUCUCUACGCCUUUCCUCUCUCCCAUCUCUACGCCCUUCCUCUCUCCCAUCUCGUCGCCCUCCCGUUUCUCGUCCCCUCGCCAUCGGCAUCUCUCACCCUUUCCCCUCGCCCUCGCCCUCCCUUUCCUCCCGUCGCCCUCCCGUUCUCGUCGCCCUCCGUUCAGAUCGCCUUCGCGAUCUGCUCUCCCAUCCCCUUGCUCUCGUGUUUCCCAUCGCCCUCCAUUCAGAUCGUCUUCGCGAUCUGCUCUCCCAUCCCGUCGCCCUCCCGUUUCCCGUCGCCCCCACGAUCUCACUUCCCCGCGCCUCACAAUUUAUGUCCCCCGUUCCUCCCGUCGCCCUCACGAUCCCCCUCAGGGAAGGAAGGCUUCCCUUCCCCUCGCCGUCGCCACUAUCUCCCUUCCCGUGGCCCCACUUUCUCUCCUAUUCCUCUCUCCCCUGCCCUCCCAUGCCCUUCCACUUCGUCGCCAGCGCACCGUUCCUCUCUCUCCCAUCACCCUCUUUCUCUUCAUUCGCAUCACCUUGCCCUUCAUCAUUUUCCUCCAUUCCCCGUUAUUGUUGUCUCACGGACCCCAAGUCCAAGGCAGCACAUUGCUAGAUGCGAAUUUGGUGAAGUAUGGGCUCUAGCGUGUGUAUGUGGCUCUCACCAAGUGUGUCUGGUUGGGAUUUAG